AUGUUGGGGUCAGAGGCUCGUAAGUCAGCGGUCAGCGAUGAGAAUGAGACGGAAUUGUUGGAUAAGAAGAAGAUCACGGCAGCAUCGUGCGUGGAGGAGACUUCUGAAAUGCGCCGGAAACAGAUUGACACCUGUUGGUUCAACAUACAGGAUGUCUUCAUGGAUCCAGAUAGUAGAGCAGCGUAUCUCUGGAUGGUUGUGGUCACCGUGGCAGUGAUCUACAACUGGUUCUUCGUCAUCCUCCGGAUCGCCUUCGAGGACAUGCGGGAGUAUGUGACCUCUGGCACGAACAGGUUUCCCUUCCUGGACACGCUGUGUGACAUCAUCUAUUUCCUGGACGUCGGAGUCCAAUCAAGAACCGCCUACUUAGAAGAAGGAUGCUUAGUGCGCGACCUUCGACAGACGGUGCGGCACUACUACAACAGGCCUCACUUUUUGCUGGACCUGAUGUCAGUCCUACCCAUGCCCACCAUGGUGGAGCUGGCAUCUCAAUUUCGUCUCAAGCUCCACUUCUUGUUAAAUGCUGAGAAGGCAGGUAUACCUAUUUGUCGUCUGCUAAGACUUCUCAAGUACCAUUCAAUGUUUAAAUUUUUCGAGAAAACUGACAGUCGCACCAACAGCCCUAACAUCCUUCGGGCUUUCAAGCUGUCCUUGUACAUGUGGCUGGUCGUCCACUGGACUGGAUGCUUGUAUUACAUCUUGUCUCAGUAUGAAGGUCUGGGCACCAACGACUGGGUGUAUCCAAGCGGCCCUGCUUUUGCAUCCUUCAGAAGGAAAUACUUGCUGUGUAUGUACUGGUCCUUGAUGACUCUGACAACGAUUGGAGAACGAGCCUCUCCCGUCACUGACAUUGAGUAUAUCUUCACGGGGAUGACGUUUCUCGUCGGCGUCUUUGUCUUCGCUACUGUCGUUGGCAACGUUGGCGAUGUCAUCAGCAACAUGAAUUCUGCCAGGCACGAUUUUCAAGCCAAGAUGGACCAAAUCAAGUUUUAUUUGAAUCAGCGCAAGGUGCCCGAGCAUUUGCAAGACAGCAUCAAGCGGUGGGCGGAGUACACCUGGAACAGAAACAUGGCCAUCGACGACCCCACCGUGCUGGAGCUGCUGCCCACUCGCCUACGUACCGAGGUAGCCAUCCACGUGCACCUGGCCACCCUCAAGAAGGUGCGCAUAUUCAAACAGUGCGAAGAGAAUUUGCUGCACGAACUGGUCCUGAAGCUCCGGCCUUCGAUAUACUCACCAGGGGAAUACAUCUGUCGCAUUGGAGAGAUCGGGCGGGAAAUGUACAUAAUCAAUCAUGGCAAAGUGGAGAUCCUGCUUCCAGAUCCCGUGACAGAUGCGGAGAAGCAAGUGGCCAUCAUGACGGCCGGCAACUAUUUCGGAGAAAUCUCACUUCUGCAGCUGGACGAAGGGCAAAACAAACGAACAGCUGACGUGCGGUCCAUCGGUUUCUCGGAGCUUCUGUGCCUGUCACGUCAGGAUCUCAUGUCUGCGUUAACCGACUACCCUGAAGCAAGGAAGAUUCUGGAAGCUCAAGCCAGACAGAGGAUACAGCAGACUAAGCGAUCAUCAUUGAAUGGUGUGACGGGACAAGCACCGUCAAACCCUGACCAAAGCAGUUGUGCCUCAGAAAAUUCUCCUUCCCGCGUUGUGAAGUCUCUGGUGGACGUCAUGAAAUCGGAGGGCUUUUAUAAACUCUUCGAUGGCAAAGCCGCCCAAGAACUGACCGAGCUGAGGAUCCUUCUCAAGGAGCUGAAGGAAGUCAAAACCUAUUUGGCAGAUGCCACGCUCACCCAGUUAAAACGUCACUGCACGACCCUAGAAGCUGGUCUCAAGUCAAAGGAAGAAGAGCUUCAGCGCUUGCGUGCCCAGCUGACGAACCAAAGAAUAUCGCAAAAGGGAGGCAGCGGUGUCACCUCUGACGUCAGUACCACUUCCCUGGCUUCGCCAACUCUCUCGUCGCUCAGUGCCGGCAUUAUCUCUUCGCCCUCCCCUCGCUGCCUGCGGAUAUCGGACACCAACCCUCGGAUGAUGGAGCGCCUGGUCGUCAGGGCGUGCGGAGGAGACAGCGAAUCUUCCGGACCCUCGACUAAAGGGAAGAUAGAGUCUGCCAGCACCGCGCGAGCCCUUUCCAAACCAAUGUCCACGUUGGUCAAGGUUAUGCCUCCUUACGCCUCUGUCACGCCUCUCCGCCCGAAAGUGAGUCUUCCUGACUAUUUAAACUCCGACUCAACGACGAAACACCAAAAGAACGACAACACCAAUAAGGAUUCGGGGACAGACGUCUCUCACAUGACCCCGGAGAGCUCUAGAACUUCGUUCUUGUCCAGGCGUAUCCGUACAAGAGAACGAGAUCCCAUCAUACAGACGAGCGCAAGUUUUACAGCGAAAGCACCUCCAAUCCCAAGUCGAGAAAACAGAGACCGGAGCUCUUUCUCCUUCUCCAGACUCGAGAGGCAUCAUCUUGAGGGGAGCUACCCCUAUUUUCUCGCUGAUCGAGGGGGUGACGCCGUGUCGUUUCUAUCUCAUCCUGGUGCUCAGACCUCAUUCUGCUCUUCCAUGGGCUCUGUCGUGGGCAGCCGUUCCAGUUUCGAGAUCGUAUCUCCUGCACUGAUUGACAAGGAGCAGGCACCUAGUUUUAAGAAGAAAGAGGUAGAAUACGAGGAGGAUGCAACAAAAGAGAAACCCACAAAAGCCGUAGAGGAAGUUGCUUCAAAAGAAGUGAAAGUCAAUACCACUUCCUCUGAAUCUUCGACCCAGGACACUAGCACGAGCAACUCUACGACGUCGUCUACCAACACCCAUUCAGGAAACAAACCGGCAAGGCCACGUCCAAAGUAUAAGCCUUUGGAAAACCCGGGAUAUAGUUCCUCAAUUCUUAUGCAAGGAAACACUAAUGAUGAGAUGCUGAAUGAAGCGCAAACUGAUAAGCCUAGCGAGGAGGCUGAUAUUGCAGAGAACGUCACACUCAGUACGGCACCAGAGAGUGCUCUAGCUAAAGGUGAUGAUACCACGUCUUCGGUUGAUGUCAGGGAGCAGGAACCGACUAUCUUGAGUGAAAGUGAGAUCACCCAGUCUGACAAAGUAGCUCGGCAUGAGGAAUCCAGCAGCCAGAGCGGUUCCUGCACCGACGUUUUAGGGGAAAAAACUCCAGAUCAAGAACUUCCAGGAGCGAAUGCACAGUAAAUUUCAGAAGGUUCGGAAAAACUAUGGGAUUUCCCCAAACCAUGUUUGAGCUGUCUGAGUAUGGACACAGCGAGGAUUUCUCUUCCUGCGAGACCAGUCCUUUGACAGGCCUUGUAAUGGAUCCGAUCACCACCACCAUCACAGCUGCGCAGUCUUCACAGUCGGUAUCGUGUGUCGAGGAAAACGAUGGAGGCAGAGAGAGGGGCUUAGACCGGCAUCGUCGGAGGAAGACUGUAGAACGCACUGUAAAUCAUACGUUGUGUGAGAAUUCUGUAGUGGAUCAGCAAGAGAAGAUCCAGGAUAGCGAUUGCACGACUGAAGGAGAGAGUAUGCAGCACGACGCACAGCUGAUCACCCAAGCGAAGAAACCUUUGAAAACCUGCAGGAAAAUUGACGACAAGCAAUUAUCCGCCCUGCUUGCAAAGAGACGAGAAAUUAUUACAGACAAAUGUGCCAUCGACCUGGCUGAAGGCCCUGAUAACGGUUUAAAAACUCAAAACGAGAAAUCCUGGGAAAAUUCGCCUGUCCAGCAGUCAGAAAAUGGGCAGCAAACACAUGUACCUUGUCCAUCAAAAGAUAGUUACAAACGUUUUAGCUUGGUAUUAAUACUAGCAGCACAAUAAUACCCUCUGGCUCCUUGACCUUUGAGGGGCUUGGUGUUCAGGGUCAGAGUCGUUCUCCGUUCAGUUUGCAUCCUUUACUUCGGACAUUAGAAACAGAAGGUGCAGAAUCGACCCACCUCACCGCUUGUUCAACUUACGCAGUAGAAGCCAAGAAAAUUGAAAAUCAACCGAAGGUUUUUGCUCACAAAAGGCAUUACUCUAUGAAUGCAGAUAAUGCAAAAAAAGAAACUCCCGAUUCGGUCCCUGGCGAGGUUAAUACAAAAGAAAACGUACAUCCGGAAUCGACUAAUGGCACCUCAGAAUCCUUCGAAGUAAAAAUCAGAGUUUGUGGAGGUAUUUCUUCUAGUACAACCGUUGAAGUCACAUCGUCUAGUCCUGACGAUGGCACUCAGUCGACCACUGUCUCUUCAGGAAUGAUCUCAGAGGACAUGAUUUCUGCAGAAAUCGAUGCCAUUGCAGAUGGUAACAUAAACCCAACAGUGUCUGACUCACCUCUAGCCUCACCGCAUUCCUCGUCUGAAAAUUCAGAAUCCCUUUCCCCGCCUCUCUCCCCCAAGAAAUCCAAAAAGGUUCGAAAACGUUACAGACCGCUAGAUAGGGUCUUCCCUAUCGGCCUGAGCGCGUUGAGAUCGGGCGCCACUGAAGACCAAGGUGCACGAAAUAUCGCAGCUGACCUUUCAGAAGAGACGAUGUCCAAUACCACUUGUCCAUCUGAAGCAAAUGCCCUGACCAUGCUGCGUCGUCGCCAGUGUGCUUCAGGGUUUCGCAGGCGAAGCCUGAGCAGGAGCCAAGACGCCGGUUCAGCGUCUAGCGACAGCUCCAUUUCUUCCUCUCCCGAAGUCUCCCGGCGAAUGUCUGGGGCCCUAGAGUCUGGCAGUUGUUCACCCAAGAAGCAGAGGUUCAGCAGCAGAUUAUCUCCACUCAUCUCCGUGUUCGAAGACAAGAAGAAAAACGCGCUUAUGCGCUGGAUGCAGGAAAACAGUGAAUCAUCAGACCAACAGCAGGACACAUCAGGCGAGGAACAAGGCUCAACCUUUGACAAACCUCCAACGGACGACACCACGUCCAGUUCUGAGUUUAGCGAAGCCUCCCCCGAAGCAAACUCGUCUUCCUCUUUUGUGCGCGGAUCCGCGCUUGUAGAAAAGGGGGUGAAAGGGAAGAGCACACACUCCAGUCUAGCUCUCAAGCGUCGGGCAUUGAGGAGAAAACAAAGUUGCAAGCCUUUAACUAUCAUGAACAAGAAGGACGAACCAAGAAACCAUUACGAACAAUACGGCCAACCAAGGGGAAGAGCCAACGUCAUCCAAACAGUCUUCAAAGGUAGUGACGAUCGCAGACCACGCAACGGAGAGUUCUAGAAACUCCAUAAACAUGUCUGUCGAUUUGAGGGAGAUAUCGCAGGCACAAGAUCCCAAGCCUGUUGCACCUGCCCAAAAAGAGGUAGCUGAUGAAGAACACUUGCCAGAAAUUUCUGGACAUCGCACUGUGAAGCGGUUGAGUGAAUGCGCCUUACAAGUGUAUGCUGCAACGAGCAGACCAGGGGAUCUCGAAAAACAGGAUGAAGAGGUGUUUCAAAUCCCAGAGAUCUCUACCCGAGCCACGUUGUCCAGUCUCACAUUAACACAGUCUAACGUCUCUCUCUACAUGGAACUAACGGAUGACGAGACAAAGGAAUGUCCUACGGAAGAAUCUGAUUCUUGUACUCCUUCAGGCUCUGGGAGCAGCUGGUCUGCUUCUCUCAGCAGACACCCCCUGUAAAUUGUACACCGUAUACAGUGUCAACGUUCGACAACCUUGCAGAUUAUUACAAGAGCACGAAAGAAUACCAACCAAUGCAUUCCAAGGGUCGACUAUCUUACAAAAAUGAUGAAGAUGUGUUGACGGAAUCUGACGUCAGCCAACCAUUAUUAUACAGAAAUCCGGAGAACGUAAGUCGCCAUUACGAAGACGAAUCCGAAAUUUCCUCGCUCUGCCAUCACAAUACGUCAGCUCAUGCACACCCGAGCGAGCUCUUUAGAGAGCAGGUUAGACUGGAGAUGGAAGAAAACGCAGAAGAAUUGGCCGACUCUUUUCUCGUUCAUCAGAACAAAUCUGCCAGUGCAAGAAGACAAAAACGUUUCUUGAUGCUGGGAUUGCUCAGCGAAAUCGAAACAGGGAUGGACGGCUGUAACGUGGAAGAUGGGGACAAUGGUGGCGUGCAGCAAGGGGCGGAGGACGAGGGGAACGAGCUUGCUUGCUCGGCCUUUCAAACCUUGGGGAGAGUCUUGGACAUCCAAACGGAACCCUCGUUGUCCCCCAGGGACACCAGCGUUGAGGUCGGGGAAGAAACAGAGAAUGCAGUAGGAACAGCAGAUGGAGGAGCUGAGAGUUGUUGCUCAGAAGGAUCACCUAUGACUUUGUCCGAGUUUCAUGUAGCGUGGGACGAAAGGUCGGACGAGAGCAAUUUUAUCUGCAACAGUUAUAGUCUCGGGUUUGAUACCGACAGUCUCACGGAUCUGUAGAGCUUGUGUUUAAGUCCCACAAAGUCAUCAUCUGCCUUAACACUGUCUCUGACAGUUGGUUUCUGAAUCAAUCCUCUAUUCUAAUGUAGUUCAAUACUGAUUGAACUGGUUAGAAAAAUAAACGGUGUGUGUGAGUGUGUGCGUGUGUGUGUGUGUCCGCGCGCGCAUUGUAAGGAAAGGCUGUCAAACAAGUCUGAUUAAGUCACUUGUGGAGACAAAACUUGUCUACUGUCCUCAUAUAUUUUUCUAUGCGCCUAAAUCUAUUUGGCAGACAGGUCUGGUUUUGCUCAAUUCUUUCCUUCAAUGUAUCCCUCAAAGUAUGCUCGUCUGAGGUCAGAUCAGUCUCAGUUUGUUGUCUGUUCGCUCAACAUUUAUGCUUCCCUAUGUGAAGUGAAAAUUGCUAGGCUAGCCAUGCAGCUAUCACCGAGCUAUCCUAAGUUAGCCUGGCCUCCAGAUUUUGUUCUUUAUGGAGCCCAUGCAUUGGCAAAAGGCGUUGAGAAUAUUUGUGGUCCAGGCUAACGCUAUGGCGCUGCUUCCUGUCGAAGCUCUACUCCUGCUAGGUAAAAUAAUGUCUGAAGUUGUGACAGGUAAGACAGGUAAGAUAGCUAUCUGACUGGUCUCUAAAAACCGGACCGGGACCCAAAAUGUUUCCAUUUUCUUUUUGAAUGAGACACAGGUCAGUUCUCACCUUUAGAUGGAGGUUAAAGAACAGUACUAAAUGGCAGUUAAACUAAAUCACCGAUACUCGGGGUCUCGGGUGAAAUGUUUGUUGUUAGAAGUCAAGUGUGCAACACUUCUCAAAGCGGUGAGUGAUUAGUAAAUAAGUUGGACUCAGCCACAUAUUUUUUUUCUUAAGCUGGCUGCAUCACGUGAAGCGUUUAGCUGGCGCCUAGCGACCCUUCGUGCAUCUGACCUCAGAUGAUCCCCUCGUGAGUGAGUGUCCGUCUGUCUAUCCCUGUCUUCCUCCACCCCCCAUAAUGUAUGCAUCAAUCGACUGAGGUAAACCUGAGAAACAGUUCCAUGUUUGUAGACCUUAUUUUUAUUUACCAAAACAGAAGUGAAAAUGCUAAACGCAUUGCUAAUAUUUAAUGUAAGCUAUAUCUUCAAACUGCUGAGUAAAAACUUUGUAAACUUUAAAAGCCAUCUUGGACUGUUGCACAUUUGGAUUGUCACUAACAAACUGUUGCCAGUAAUAAUGGAUUUUAGUUGGCCGCUACUGCAAACCUCAAGAGAAAAGCAACCCAAAGUUUUGCGUGUCCUUUGUCUUCUUGGAGCAAAGGAUGAGAAAAGACGUAGUCAGCACGAAGCAGACUGGAUCUCUCCACAAGUUUGUUUCGUGUAUUUCAUUAAGGCUGGAGGGGUAAUGUGUAAUGAGUAAUGUGUCAAUAAAUGGCAAUGAUGACA